UAACAAUGUUUAAAUUAAUAAAUAAUUCAAAGUGUUUUUCAAGAAAUAGUGUUUUCUUAGUGUUUCUUUUCGUAAUACAUACAGUUCAUUUUAAUAGUUAUUUUGUAAAUGGAUUAUUAGAAGAAGAAAAACAACCGACAUUUUUAACGGCUGGUGUUGGUGAUCAUAUUGCAUUUAAUUGUGAAUUGGAUUUUCCGCAUGAAAUUGAAAUACCAUAUUCAUUGCAUUGGUAUAAACAUAACCAAGAAAUAUUCUCUGUGUACGAAGGAACGAAAAAUGUUUUGGAAGAGUAUCAAGGACGUAUACAAUUAUUAAAUUCUGGAAAAAAUGGUUUUGGCAAAGGUUCUAUCAAUGUCACUAAUAUACGAGAAACAGAUUCUGGAUGGUAUGAAUGCCGUGUUAUGUUUCCAAAUCGAUCGCCUGUAUCCAGAAACAAUGGAACAUGGUUUUAUUUAACUGUUGAUGGUAGGUUUAUUGUAACUUCAGGAGCAAAUCUUUUAGCAAUACCACCAAUGAACAUUACAAUACUUGAAGGUGAAGAAGCAUAUUUUCCAUGUAUAACAAAAAAUAUGGAUACAAAAGUUUCUUGGUUUAAAGAUGGUGUACCUUUAAAUGAAUAUUUAGAUUUGAGUCAUCGUUCUUGGCAAUCAGAUAAUGGUUCCUUAAUUAUAAACCCAACAGCUAUGGGUGAUUUAGGUGAAUAUCGAUGUGAAGCAAUUAAUGAAAAUGGUGAAUCACAAAGUGCAAGAGCGUAUUUAAAUGUUCAAUACAAAGCAAAAGUUGUGUAUGCACCACGUGAAGUAUUUUUCGCAUAUGGUCGUCCAGCAUUAUUGGACUGUCACUAUCAUGCAAAUCCACCAUUGACAAAUUUACGAUGGAUGAAAGAUGGCUAUUUAUUUGAUCCAUACAAUGUACAGGGUGUAUUUUAUCGACGUAAUGGCAGUUUAUAUUUUAGUCGUGUAGAUGAAUCACAUAAUGGGCAAUAUGCAUGUACGCCAUACAAUGAUUUAGGUACGGCCGGACCAUCACCUAAUAUUAAUGUUGUUGUACGAAGACCACCAGUAUUUACAGUAAAACCACAUAAUUUAUAUUUGAAAAAAUUGGGUGAAACUGUUGAUAUGCAUUGUGAUGCAAUCGAUGGAGAUGGCGUUCAUAAACCUAUUAUUAAAUGGUCAAGGAAAGAUUUAGCACCACUUCCAGCUGGUCGACAUAUUAUUCAAGGUGGUAACAUAAGUAUAGAAAAAAUUCAAGUUGACGAUCGUGGUUUAUAUGAAUGUACAGCAACAAAUGAAGCUGCAACAAUAACCGUUGAAACGGAAUUAAUGGUUGAAAACAUUGCACCAAGAGCUCCAUACAAUCUAACAGCAAAUAGUACUCAAAAUUCUGUAAUAAUCCGUUGGGUACCUGGAUAUAUUCGACCCUAUUUAGAAUAUAGUAUAUGGUAUCGACCUACAGAUACACAAGAAUGGCGUACAAUGCGAAUAUUAUCAAGUAAAACAACCGAGGGUAUUAUUACGAAUUUAACACCGAAUCGUGAAUAUGAAUUUAUGGUGUUAAGUCAAGAUAAACAUGGUGAUGGUAUGUUUAGUAAAGCAUUACGUAUAUUUACUAAAAAGGAAAAUGGUGAUUUCCCUGAUUAUGCGGAAAGUCGUAGUACAAUUGGAGCGUUUCAACAAAUUGGUGCACCGGUAAAUUUAUCAGUGAAAUUAACAACAGAAGGAUAUUUAGUUACAUGGGAUCCACCAAAUUUUGGACGAGAAAUUUUAAAAACAUAUAUGUUACAAUGGACAAAAGGACCAAACGAAAUAUUAGUUGGAACUACAGAAACCAAAGAAAACUAUUACAUAGUACAAAAUUUAGACGAAGAUGAAACAUAUUACUUUCAAGUAUUAGCUGUUUCAACAAAUGAAUAUGAAGCAAGAAGUUCAAAAUAUGUGUUAACCAUACCAGCUUACAAAAAAAUUAAAGCAAUAUCAAUUGGUAUUAUAAUUGCAAUAGCAAUAUUGGGCUCAGCAUUUGCUGGUUUAUUUUAUGCACGUAAAAAAUGGUGUUUAGAAUAUAUUUCUGGAUCAGAUUCUAGAAAACCUAUGACUAGUUAAGAAAACAUUGGAAAGAAUUUUAUGUGAGUAUUUUUCAGUCUAGACGAAGCGAAUAUAUAUUUCAUUCGAAAAGAAAAAGAUGACAAUCACAUUUGACGACAUUAAAAGCGAAAAAAAAAAAUCAAAUCGUUAUCACCAGUAGAGAAAUUACGACUUUCGCUGAUUAAGUCUCACAUAUUACAACAUGUUAGUAUGGUCCAUUUUAUUUUAACCCUAAAAUACUUACUUAAAUAGGAUAGUUGAAUGUUUUCAAGUUAUUCAUUGCCAAAUUAUAUGCAAAGUUGCUUUUUUCUGCAUCUAACAACCUUCUUUACCCAAAAAUCAUAUCAAUAAAAUUCUAUUUGAUAGUUUAUGGACUUUUAGGUCCAAGAAUAACGAAAGUAUCAAAUAUUCUGUAUAAAAAACUUAUUAAUACGAUGUCAUAAAAAACAACACUUGUAGGAAAACAUUAGAAAUUCUCAAAAUAACAUUUUAGAUUGUUUACAAAGUUACAGUUUUCAAAUAGUUUUUAAAUAAUUUGCAUAUCUUGGUCAAUUUUGGAGUUUAAGACCCCCCUUCCUCCUGAUUAGUCGAUUUUUCGGUACGAAAUUGUUACAAUCAAAUAAACAACCGUACUAGAUAUUAAAAAUGCAACACUUUUUUCCUUAUUACAAUGAUUUUUUAAAUAGUUUUAUUUAUUGUACUAUUUUACUCGCCAUAAAACUUUUUAACACUUGGAUAAUGAAUCCUUUUAGUUUUAACAACCUCUUUUAUGGCUUAUUUUGUUUACCUGAUUGAUCAUAAAUGUUUAUAAUUCACUAUCCUAUUUAAAAUCUAACAUAAUUUCAAAAAUUAUUAACAAAAAUUAACUAUUUACUCAAAAGCCUCAUAUGACUUCCAUAUGAUUAUGAUUUUUAUAUGAAAAAAUUGAACUUAAUUUUGAAAAGUAUUUUGGGGUAAAAUUUUUUGUAAUAAACAUAUUAUUUAGUACCUAUUCUUGUAAAUAUCAUGUUUUAGUUGUUAAUUAGCAGAGAUUAAAAUAUUUUUAUUUAAAUACCGUUAUUAUUAAUUAUUAAAAUUGUUUUCAUUUUAUAAAGUUGGCUAUAUAUGUUUUGGUACGCCGAGGCUGUGCCUAGGCAUGAAUACUAAUCUAUGCAAGUAUACCAUCACGUGUAUAACUAAUUUAAUACCUAAGAUUUUUAUUUGAAACUAAAUUCAGAAUAAAGUUUUUAUAAAAUUCA